UGUACAUGUUGUGAACCUGAAACCACAAAACCACGUCUUCUUACUUCUUUACAGCCACAAACGUAGACCGACAUCGGCGCACAUUAGUCACCGUUAGUUAUUUCACACUAAACUACGCUUCUUCAUCUACUUCCAGGUUCUACUACUCCACUUGCUUCAUUCCUCUAGAAACAAGCCUUUUCAAAAUUUCUUUGCUACCAAACCAAACCCAUUUAUUUCAUUUGCUUCUCUCUCUCUCUCUUACGUUUCAAGUUUGUUGUGUUAGUUAUGGCGUAUUUGAGACCCACCCUUUCUCAACUUUCCCUUUCCCAAUCCAAUUUUCCCACAAAUUAUAAUUCCCAACACUGCUUUUUCCACAAAAGGAUCGCAAAGUUUCAAACUUUCACUACUUCCAAGUCCUUCAAUCCUAAUAGGGUCUGUUGUAGUUCUCAAGAUACCCAGAAGAACCAAAACAAUGGAGAAGAGCCUCCAGAGUCAUUAUUUAUGAAGGAAUUGAAGAGGAGAGGUAUGACCCCUACAUCAUUACUUGAGGAUUACAAGCAAACCAACUAUGGAGUUGAUGAAGAAGUUUUUGUGAAUGAAGAAAAUAGAGGUUUCCCUAACAGAAAAACGGUGUCGACCAAUGUUGAGAGAGGUUUAGACAAUCAGAGGGAGCGGUCUAUGGCACUGAACAGUGAAGGUCUCGAGGGCUUAGUACCUCGAGCUAAACUUCUAUUGACACUUGGAGGAACAUUCUUUUUGGCAUUUGGACCGUUGAUCCUCAUAACUGUGGCAUUAUUUUCUGCUCUUUACUUUUAUUUUGGACCGAGUUUUGUCCACGACGGAAGCAAGAUGUCACUAUCACCUCCACAAUAUGUAGACCCUUAUGCACUCUUAGAAGAUGAAAGGAUAUCUCAGAUACAGAUAGCACCUCAGCUAAAUUGAAUUAAAGGCAACAUUAGGAAACCUAGUCACAUAUAUUGACUGAAUUCUGUCUUUUGCAUUUUGCAUAUAUGUUGUGUAUAGUUUAUUUAAAUCUAAAUGAAAGCCCUAUUAGUAGUGACAUUACUCUUAAAUUUUUAUUUUCCACUUAGAAGUUAAAUAUGUCUGGAUUAAGUUGCAGAUCAUAUGAAGUCCAUACAAUUGUCUGAAAAAAAUGAAGUUUUGAUAGCUUCUGUUGGAGCAUAUA